CGACGGAGCCUACAUGCCCUCGAAGCGACGUCGCGAACUAAAGGCCGCGUAAGACGUCGCGACCAUGAUGAGCCCAACCGCAGCCUUCAGAUGGUUUAUCGAAUAUCUAACUAAGAAUUUGACUUUCCCCUCCAGUGUUGGUCUCACCCUCACUCUUCCCUUUGCUUACCUCCUGUAUAGGUCUCAUAAACUCCAUUUGAUCCCGCGGAAACCGAUGGCAUCACACAUAUCGGACAGGAUUUAUGGUCUCUGCACGGAUCAAAGAAGCGUCACCAGCGAGUAUGCAAACGACACGUCCCAAUCGCCAGGCGACCACGCAGAGCGACUCUACGGCGGCGAAACGCCUUCGAUAACGGAGCACAAACCCCCACAUGAGCGGAGGCAGCUUACGAAAGAAGACCUCGAACGCGCGCGUCAAUGCGGGCAGUGGGGAAGCGCGGAACCAAGCGAAUUAUUUCUUCACUGCUUCCAUGACGCCCUUUGCUCGCUCGAGCACGAUACACUGGCAGGAGUCGUGAGCCCAAGUCUCAUGGGAAGCAAUGGCAUCAUUCCAGUGACCAUUGUGGCGCCACUUCCAGACAUCUGCAGACACAUGUCCAAUCUCAUUGCUCGUGCGGAGCACGAAGUCUUCCUGGCCACGAACUUCUGGAUAUCUUCCGACGCAUCGCGCCUGAUCACGGACUCGUUGGUCGAGCUCUCCCGAAGAGCCGGCGAACGAGGCAACAAGGUUACGGUUAAAGUCAUGUACGAUCGCGGCAACAUCAAGCAGGUCAUCAAUAACCAUCAAAUUAUGUCAGUGGCGCAGUACACUAGCGAUGCGGUCAAGCUGCCUUCACCAGCCGACAUACCGAAUAUCGACCUGGAGGUCCAGAACUACCAUCGUCCUGCCCUAGGAACAUUUCACUCCAAGUUUAUGGUUGUGGAUAGGAGGCUUGCAAUCGUGCAGAGCAACAACAUACAAGACAAUGACAAUCUGGAGAUGAUGACGCAGUUAGAAGGUCCAAUCGUAGACUCUUUUUACGAUACGGCCCUCAUCGCUUGGUAUAUACACCUGCAGCCUCCGCUUCCUUGUCUGGCCAAGCCGGCAGCGAAUAACGCUGAGAACACUUUCACGGAGCCAACAUUUCAAGCGAUGAUGCUUAAUGGCAACAGCCCGCAAGAUUCUGUUACUGGAAUUGCAUUGCAUGAAGAGGGCCAGGGAGAGCGGCUCCCACUACAUGUUGCUGGAGAUCCGCAUUACGACCCCGACCUAGCCUCCGAGAUUGGGCGGGUACAGCACGCGUUGACGCCCAUGAAUGGAGAGACCAGAACGCAGGCUGUGACGAGGCACCUCAACCUGCCGACAAAAAUAUCCCGAAAUUGCACUGCGCCCGAGUGCGCACCAGAGGACGAGAUGGUUCCAAUGGUCCCCCAUAAGCCCCAUACCCCGUUUCCAAUCGCACUCGUCAAUCGAAGACCGUGGGGCGCGCUUAACCACCAAUGUGUUAACGUACCGCAAAACGAGGCCUGGCUAUCGGCAGUUCGUAACGCAACCUCAUCUAUCUUCAUCCAAACGCCCGAUCUCAACGCCGAACCGCUCAUCCCCGCCCUUCAACACGCCUUGGAGCGAGGAAUCGGAGUGACCUACUACGUCUGCCUUGGCUACAACGACGCAGGCGAGCUUCUUCCAUUCCAAGGCGGAACCAAUGAGAUGGUAGCCAACAAGCUCUACGGGAGUCUUGACGCUCACGCGAAGCAGCGACUGCACGUCUACUACUACGUCGCCAAGGAUCAGGUUCUGCCAAUACAUAACAAGUUCAAGGCCCGCAGCUGCCACAUCAAGCUCAUGAUCGUGGACGGUCACUUGGGCAUCCAGGGCAAUGGCAAUCAGGACACCCAGUCGUGGUUCCACUCCAUGGAGGUCAACAUAAUGAUCGACUCUGAGCAGAUUUGUCGAGAUUGGAUGGACGCGAUCUGGAGGAAUCAGAAUACGCAUAUUUAUGGGAAAGCGUCACAACAAGACGGCAUAUGGCGCGACGCGGAUGGUAAAGAAGCGGAAGGCGCAAUUGGCAAGGACCCAGGUCGGUUUGCCUGGGCAAAAGGGGUCGUUGGGGCAGUGCAAAGAGUUAGAGGAGUGGGCAAUAUCUUAGCGUAAAAGAUGUCGAUGUGUGACUGG